ACGGCCGUUUAAUGACUGGUGGCAGUAUGGGGUGUUUUUCUCUGCUUGCCUUUGACGUCAUUUUUAACUGACAGCAAACAUGCAGGGAAACAAAACACUGCACAGGAGUCACUCGGCUAGGCUAAUUAGCUAAAAGGAAGUGUUUGAUGUCACGAGCAGGAGUAACAUGGCCUCGAGCUUUGCCCCACCGAGGCUCGCGGACUUUCUGCUCACUGAGAAACUCGGCAGUGGAACUUACGCCACAGUUUAUAAAGCCUACCGGAAGACCGAUAGCAGGGAAGCCGUGGCCGUGAAGGUGGUCAGCAAGAAGAGCCUGAACAAGUCGUCGAUGGAGAACCUGUUGACGGAGAUCGAGAUCUUGAAAACCGUGCGCCAUCCUCACAUCGUACAGCUUAAAGACUUCCAGUGGGACAGUGAGAAUAUCUACCUCAUUUUGGAGUGGUGCUCCGGAGGAGAUCUGUCACGCUUUAUCCGGAGCCGGCGGAUCCUCCCCGAACGAGUGGCACAUCUCUUCCUGCAGCAGAUAGCCUGUGCGCUGAAGUUCCUCCAUGAGAGGAACAUCUCUCAUCUGGACCUGAAGCCCCAGAACAUCCUGCUGAGUGGCAACGUACUGAAACUAGCAGAUUUUGGCUUUGCUCAGUACAUGUCUCCAUGGGAUGAACAGAGCUCUCUGAGAGGUUCUCCUCUCUACAUGGCUCCAGAGAUCGUGUGCCGGCGGCAGUAUGACGCCAGAGUCGACCUCUGGUCCGUUGGGGUCAUACUCUAUGAGGCGUUAUUCGGCCGAGCACCGUUUGCAUCUCGCUCCUACGCCGAACUAGAGGAGAAAAUCCGCAGCGAUAAACCCAUCGAGCUGCCAGCCGGUGCCAGAGUAUCCCGAGACUGUCGAGAUCUGUUACUCAGGCUGCUGGAGAGAGAUCCAGACUCGCGCAUCUCAUUCGAUGAGUUCUUUCUGCACCCAUUUGUGGACCUGGAGCACAUGGCCAGCGCUGAGAGUCUAGACAAGGCGAAGGAACUGGUCCUGCGGGCGGUGCAGAAGGAUCAGGAGGGGGAGAAGGCUGCUGCUUUGUCACUCUACUGCAGUGCACUGGAGCACUUUGUGCCUGCUAUUCACUAUGAAACAGACCGACAGAGGAAAGAGGUCCUGAGACAAAAGGUCAACCAGUAUGUGUCUCGAGCUGAAGAACUCAAAGCACUGGUGGCCUCAGACAACCAAAUCAGCUUUGAGAACACUCAGUCAGCCCGGGACAUAUUAAGAGAAAUGGCCCGGGAUCAUCCACGCUUACUUGCUGCUCUGGAUUUAGCUGCCGCUGCUGUAGCGAAGGAGGCGAGCGGGGUAGAGGACUACGAAACGCUGGAUAUAUAUCAGCAGAGUUUGGGAGAGCUGCUGCUGGCUCUGGCUGCCGAGCCUCAAGGCCGCAGGAGGGAGCUGCUCCAUAACGAGAUCAAGAGUUUGAUGAGUAGAGCUGAAUACCUAAAAAAACAGAUCAAGAUCCAAGAAACCCAGACAGAUGUCUCGCUGGAUAAAGAUCCGGUUGCUGAAUCUGUGCGAACGUCAUGUUGCCUGCAAUAGCCAUGGGAACAUUCAGACUCAUUUUACACCUCACACGACCAGAUCAGGGCCAUGAUGUUGCCGUCCAGAUCCGAGGCAAUCCGAUCGAAUCCCUCCGAGACUGACAGACUGAAUCACCCUCGAAACCGUGCGACUCCAAACCCAAGCUGCUUGUUCGUUACUGUGUAGACGUGAAAGUAGUUGGUUGGAGUGAUAUGUAUACGGAUUAUUUCCACAUUACUCUACUGUAUGUGAUUUUUUCCUCUUGUUUGUAAUAUACGGCAUCGUAGAUAUACUGAAAACUGAAAAAAAAAACACCACAAAUCUGCAUCUCUACUGUUUAGAAGUAAACGAAUCAUUAUAGUACUCCAACAUUCACGCUGUAUCACUUUGCUUUAACAAACACACACACACACAGCCCUCCUCUCCCUGCAGUGCAGUGGGGUUCACCGCAGCUCAUCCACAUAAUGAGUGCGCUGUAUGGUGGUGAACGUGGCUCUGAAACCAUGUGGUUUCCUCCCUGUUUCUUCUGCUCUGAAAUUUACUUUGCACCGCCACACGUCGGGUUCCUUAGUGUUUUCUCUGCCCUCCUCAUACGCUGCCGGUUAGCACUUUAGAUUGGUGUAAAACUGAAAUGAAACCCUGAAACUGUUGAAAGAUCGCUUAAAGCACUGGAAUGUUAUAAUGAAGAUGUAAAAAAUGAUUUUGUUGAGGUGGUUUUAUAAUAUUUUUUUGCUGUAAUCAUUUAUUGAGUGCUUGAUUACAGAGGAAAUAAAUUAAUCUUUGUGCAAA